AAAACAAACUUUGGUUUAUAAAGAAAUGUUUCAUAAUUUUAGCUUUGUUCCCUAAAAUAAUUAAAAGCAUUAUGCAAGCAGAUAGGAGGAAAUAAGGAAGAAUCGAUCUGAAAACACAGGGAGUCACAGUCUAUAACAAAACUGUGUAAAAAAAUCAAUAGAGUUGGGGUGAGAUGUCUUAGAUCUCUUAGAUAUCAAGACUUGCGCAAAAAAAGUGUAAAUGCAGAUGCAAAGCAAAGAUGAAGAACCAGUGAGUGGGUAACCAGAAUGAGCUGGGCCAGCUGCGGGGCCUCCAGCACAGUGGGAGCAGGAAGCCACUGGGGAAUCUGAGUCCCUCCAUGAGACCCAGACGCUGCCCAGGAACAGCCCUGGGAGAAAGAGCAGACAAGGUUGCACCCUGAACAUGGACUCAGAGACCCACAUGCCGGACCCAGUGUGCCUCAUUGAGAACACUAACGGGAAACUAGUAGCUAAUCCGGAAGCUUUGAAGAUCCUGUCUGCCAUUACCCAGCCUCUUGUCGUGGUGGCCAUUGUGGGUCUCUACCGCACAGGCAAAUCCUACCUGAUGAACAAGCUGGCUGGGAAGAGCAAGGGCUUCUCUCUGGGCUCCACGGUGCAGUCUCACACCAAGGGAAUCUGGAUAUGGUGUGUGCCUCAUCCUGAGAAGCCAAACCACACGCUUGUCCUGCUUGACACCGAAGGCCUGGGAGAUAUAGAGAAGGGAGACAACCAGAAUGACUCCUGGAUCUUUGCCUUGGCCGUCCUCCUGAGCAGCACCUUCGUCUACAACAGCAUGGGAACCAUCAACCAAAUAGCCAUGGACCAACUGCAUUAUGUAACAGAGCUGACUGAACGAAUCAGAGCAAAAUCCUCACUGGAUAAUGGUGGGGUUGAAGACUCAGCCGACUUUGUGAGCUUCUUUCCAGCCUUUGUGUGGACUCUGAGAGAUUUCUCCCUGGAGCUAGAAGUCAAUGGAGAACCCAUCACUCCUGAUGAGUAUUUGGAGUUGUCACUGAAACUAAAGAAAGGUACCGAUAAAAAAACUAAAAGCUUUAAUGAGCCUCGAUUGUGCAUCCGAAAAUUCUUUCCAAAAAAGAAGUGCUUUGUCUUUGACCGUCCUGCUCGAAGGAAGUACCUUGUUUGCCUGGAGCAGCUAGAGGAGGAAGACCUGGACCCUGACUUCAGAGAACAAGUAGCGGAAUUCUGCUCCUACAUCUUCAAAUAUUCUGAGGCCAAGACUCUCACAGGGGGCAUCAUAGUCACUGGGCCUCGACUGGAGAACCUGGUGCUGACCUACGUCAAUGCUAUCAGCAGUGGUGAUCUGCCCUGCAUGGAGAACGCAGUCCUGGCCUUGGCUGAGAUAGAGAACUCAGCUGCAGUGAAAAAGGCCAUUGCCCACUAUGACCAGGAGAUGGCCCAGAAGGUGCAGCUGCCCACGGAAACCCUCCAGGAGCUGCUGGACCUGCACAGGGCCACUGAGAAAGAGGCCAUCGAAGUCUUCAUGAACAAUUCCUUCAAGGAUGUGGAUCAAAAGUUCCAGAAGGAAUUAGCGGAAUGUUUGCUAGCAAAACGAGAUGACUUUUGUAAGCAGAAUGUGAAAGCAUCAUCAGAUUGUUGCAUUGCCUUACUUCAGAACAUUUUCCAUCCUCUAGACAAAGAUGUGAAGGAGGGAACAUUUUCUAAACCAGGAGGCUAUCAUCUCUUUAUUCAGGAGCAACAGAGGCUGAAGAAUGAGUACUACAAGGUGCCCAGAAAGGGGACAGAGGCAGAAGAGACACUAAGGAAAUACUUGGAGUCCAAGGAGGCUGUGGCUGAUGCCAUUCUAAGGACUGAUCAGUCACUCACAGAAAAGGAAAAGGAGAUUGAAGUGGAACGUAUAAAGGCUGAAUCUGCAGAAGCAGCACAAAAUUUGUUGAAGGAAAUGCAAAUCAAGACUCAGCAGAUGAUGGAAGAGAAAGAAAAGAGUUAUCAAGAACAUUUGAAACAAUUGACUGACAAGAUAGAGGAGGAGAGGGCCCAGUUAAAGGCAGAGCAUGAGAGAGUUCUAAAUCUUAAACUUCAGGAAAAUGAACGGCUUCUCAAGGAGGGAUUACAAGAACAGAGCAGGAAAAUUCAAAAAGAGAUACAGGAAAUGGAGAGGAGACGCAAACAAGAAGCCCCAGGAUGUAUCAUACUCUAAAAAUUCAACGAGCAUCAUUUCCUCACCAGCUCCCCUCCCAUCCACUAGGAAAACUUGAAUGAGCAACUUCAGAAUGUCAAACAAUUGCCCCUAAAUUAAAAUGAAAAUCAUGAUGUUUUGCAGUGUUAUUGCCAUAAAGUUUGCAAAGACGAAAUAAAGUGCAAAGGCAAUGUUUUCUUUA